GAAUCAGGCUGCAGAACCCGGAAGUAGGUCGUCGGGAUUGUUUAUCGGUCCACCAUCUUUUAUGCGAUACUAUUCGUCUGCUUUCUUUUCACUGCGCUUUGCUGCAGCUUCCUUUACCUGUCAGGGCUGGGAUGAUGGAAGGGUGUGACAAGUUUCAGGACUUAGAAACGCGCGUCCAGGAGCUGGAAAAACGCGUGUACGGGGAACGGGGAGGACGAAAUAAGACGUUGAAGCUUGCCGAUUCGGUUACGAAGAUCCAGACAGGGCUUGCAAACACGGCCAACAAGAGGGAACGAGUUAAAAUUUUGCACAAAAAGAUUGAAGACCUCAUGAGGUAUUUGGACCCACAAUUCACUGACAGCAUUGCUGUCCCUGACUCAAUGAAGCUAGAAUUCAUCUUAGCUGAGGAACAGUUCCUGCUGUCACAGGCUGCUCUCCUGGAGCAGGUCAGCACUCUCCAGCCCCUCCUGGACAGCAGCCACAUUAAAGCUGUUCCGGAGCAUGCCACCAGACUGCAGCGGCUCUCCCAGAUCCACAUCAGGCAGCAGGACCAGAGUGAGGCACUUUCCGAGGAGGUGAAGAAGCAGUUUGAAGAUUACAACAAGACAAUGUUCCUGCUCUCCAAGCAGUUCACCCAGUGGGAUGAGUCGUUGCGGCAGCUAGAGGGCGCCAAGCAGGUGAAGCCGGUGGACUAGCGGUGGGGGCUGAGCAACCGCCACCUCAGCCUCUGUCACCCACUGCCCUUUCGACCCCCACCAAUGCAAAUCGCUGCAGCAAAUAAUGCAAACCUGGCAAAUAAAUCUCUGCAGUCAGUAUUGUUUCUGUGCAGUUUGAGUAAGUCUUUUAAUGGGCAAAUAUGACAUGUUAUUUAAAGUAAAUAGGCAUCAGAUCUGUUUACCCUUUGCACCUAUUCAUUAAAGUGUGAACGUGCACGCUGA